UUUGUCAUUUUAUUGCCCUAAUUUCUAUAUAAAGGGUCAAGGGAAUAUCAUUUUAAUUCCACAAAUAAAAGCAAUAAGUAUAUCAUAUAUUCUAAGAUUAAUUUGCAAAUAUGGAAUCCUACAUCAAAAUUUUCUUCAUCACUCUACUUUCUUUUACCUUGCUCGCAAGCCAAAGUGAUGGAAGAAAAGACCUUGGAACGUAUUGGGGAGACAUGGUGAAGGAGCAACCAAUGCCUGAAGCUAUCAAAGAUUUUAUAAAUCAGAGAGAAGCAAUUAAGGAUUUCAUCAAAGACUUCGAUCCAAUUCCUAAUAUCUCAGUUUACCAUGACAACGAUGUUAUGAAAUCACAAAAGGAUGACGCAGAUUGCAACUCAAAACAUCACAAUGAUGAUGAGCUAGCACCUAAGAAGAAGCAAUUUGCUGACGAAUUUGAACCAAUCCCUAAUAUUUCUGUUUACAAUAAUUAAUUAAGAGUGAUGUAUUUAAGGUAAUUUGUAUCACUUGCUUAAUUAAUUAUGUACUUUUCUUUAUGUUUGCCUAUUAUACUAAUAGAGCAAGGUCUAUAUGUGACCUAGCUAGUCUUAAGAAGAAAAAAAAACUGAUUUUAGCGCGACUCUGGUUUAUUUUCACUCUCUUCGUUGUGAAAGUAUAGUUUUUUAUACUUAUCUCGUGUAAGGGAGUGUUAAAAAGUAGAUGAGUGUAGAUAUCAGUUUUUAAUUUGAUGUAUUAAUUAUCUAUGAAAUAAAAUAAAAUUCAUGUGUGUGUUGAAUCUGA